AUGCUACCCGCCUCAAUACGGUCAGCCUUGGUGGCGCUCACGCUUGCGUCGAUAUCCUCAGCGACAACAGUCUCGCUCUCGGCCUUCAUUCCGCGGAUCCAAAACCUCCCAACAUCUUGCAACACCGUCUACAACUCCGCCAUCUCGGGAUGCUCAGCCGAUGACUUCAAGUCUGGCGCAACAUGUACCGCAUCCUGCGUACGGGGUCUUUCAGCGCUCGCGGAGGAGGUAAAAGACAAGUGCGCGGACGUUGAUGCGGGCGAGUUGAGCAUCAUCGGCGUCUUCCAGAACGGACUGGGUGUCCAGAGUCUAUGUCCAGGAGUAACUAUCGUAACGACCUCGAGCGAGACUGCACAGAAGACGAGCACGAAGACAUCAGAGCAAGCAACAAGCACCCAGGCGGUCUUAACGUCCACAAGUUUCACAAACUCAGCAAUCGAAGCGACGUCAACUCCGUCAAGUUCAACUGCGGAUUCGGACGAUGGGGAUGACGAGCCGACCAGCUCAGCGCAACCGACAACUACGAGCUCGUCAACAGGGGGCUUGACGCUGGAUCCGAAUGCCACUGGAACGUUCACGACUUCUGUCGCGCCACCCACAGACACUGCUCAGGCGGCAGAUCCCACACAAGCACCGAAUGCCCAGCUGUCAAACACUGACUCGGGCGGUGGCUCACCGUUCGACGUCGUUGCUGGUGGAGAUGAAACAUUCAGGACCUUCCCGAGCCACGUGAAGGCGCUCCUCCAGCAUGCACUGCCCAAAGUCACCGUCCUCACCAUCACGUACCCCCAGUUCGAGACGCGAGGCGACCUGCACGAGUGCGUCGGCCGCUUCAAAGAAUGGCUGCAGAACAAAGUCAUAGACCUCGAGGUCGCCAAUUCGACGCCCUCGCCUACUGUCGACCCUUCGGUGCGCACGAUACUCGUAGGCCAUUCUAUGGGCGGCAUCGUUGCGGCUGAGACGCUCCUCUCCAUCCUCGCGGAACAGCCGAUCCACUCGCAGUCCAACUCGCAGACGGGCUCUACGGGCUCGCUUGCCGACCAUUCGGCGCUCAUGUUCCCGUACAUACAGGGCAUCCUCGCUUUCGACACACCAUACCUCGGUAUAGCGCCUGGCGUAGUGGCACAUGGCGCAGAGAAGCAUUGGAACACCGCGAGCUCGGCAUACUCGGCCUACAACAACCUCGCAGGCGCGUUUGGAUGGGGCGGCAAGGACACUGCGGCAGGGGCUGUUGAUACGAGCAAGAUGCUCCCAGCACCCUCGUCUACUGGCGACGCAGCAUCGGCACCGCUGUGGCAACGCUACGGAAAGGUAGCCAUGUUUGCCGGUGCAGCGGGCGCAAUAGCAGCAGGAGGUGCGGCAGCAUACAUGAAGAAAGACCAGAUAACCCAAGGCGUAUCAUGGGCUACAUCACAUCUAGAAUUCGUCGGUGUCCUAGCCCGCCCUGAAGAGAUGCGGAAGCGACUGGAGAAGAUUGCGAAACUUACAACGAGCCACGAUCUUGGCUUCUGCAACAUGCACACCACUCUCGGCCACGCCGUUAACAGCGAGAACAAGGAACACGGCUGGACGGGCAAAGUGGCAGGCAAAGACCGUACCUUUUGCAACCUACCCAAAGGCCCUCUCAAGGACUUCUUCAUGCCCGCCGUGAACGACAAGGCUACAGCAGAAACCUGGGCCCAUACCUCCAUGUUCGAGCCUCGCAACAACCCCGGCUACUACACCCUCAGCGAGACAGCCAAAGAGAAGAUCAUCGAGUGGACAGAGAGCACAGACUGGUACGAAGAGAGCGAGGGCCCAUUGACGGGCGAGGUCGGUGAAGAAGCGGAGAUUGUAGAGAGACAAGAAGUAGAUGAGCAGAUGCAGAAGGAGGCUGAUAGGAAAGAGGCGGAGGAACUACAGAAGGCAAAGGAAAGGGGUGAUGUUGAUGCGCUUGAGGAGGAGGGCGAUUUUGUGGAUUUGAAGAGGACGGGGGAGGUUGCGGAGGGGGGUGAGGAGGCGAGGAAGAGGAGGGAGUUGUAA